AUGGUUAGAGAUCCCAAGGCAUCCCUGAGCCUUGGAAUGAAAGGCGAGGGCUGGGGUUAUCCACAGAGGAUUGAGGAAGAAAAGUUCCUGACGGUAGUCGAAGUCUCCAUCUUGGAUCUCAUACCAGCCUGCUCAGACGCUUCCAAGCCGUCGCGCACCGUGGCUGUCAAUGUGCCCCAAGGGUGGCCGGAGGAUCAGAUCUUCCCCGAGGGGCCGCCGAAUAACCAGCCAGCCAUGCCGGAUGAGGCUUUAUGGCGGAACCAAUGGAGUGCCAGCAGCCUCUACGCCAACCUGCUAUGGGUCUCACCGAAGCCUCAUAACAUCUAG